AUGCCUGCAUCUGUCAUGGGCCUUCAGCCGGCCCCUGCAAAGAUGUUCCACACGAAGUCGAGGACGGGCUGUCAGUUGUGCAGAGCGCGCAGGGUGAAGUGCAAUGAAGCCAAACCCAGCUGUAGCCAUUGUGCGCGGCAUCGAAUACCGUGCCUGUAUGACCGCAAUCGCGAGACGUUCGCAUCAAACAAACGCUCUACUGAUGGACCAUUCGGGACAUUCCCGGCUGGAUCUACCAAAGUGGCCGAGGUCCCCUCCCCACGUAAUGGUUCAGAUGGUCCCCCAGAAUCCAAGGCUCGGCGUACGUUAGAGCUCAGACUGCUCCAUCAGUAUAUGUCCAAAACUGGGCCUGCAAUUGCCAUCGACGACCACUCCAGAAGUGCCUGGUGUGAGCUCGUCCCACUUUGGUCGUUCCGGUCCGAGGCCUUGCAGUAUGCAAUGUACUCUGUAGCAGCCCUGCAUAUAGCCAAAGCCGAUGCUUUCAAGGAUCCAAUCAUGAUUGAUGCUCACCAAACCUACUUGGAAAUGGCUCUGCGUGAGCAUACCACGAUAUUCAAAGAGGCGUGGACGCUUGCCAGCGAUGGUGAAGAGUCUAUUGCGGCACAGUGGAUACGCGGACUGCCAAUAGCGCUUGAUACUGAUGCAAGGCUGGGAGAGGAUAAACGCCGGGGUUUCUUACAUUUACUCCGCCGGAAGCAGAGUGAUGAGCUCACAGAGCCUUGGGACAAGGGAAUUCAAGAAGCGUAUGAGCAUACGCUGAGCUACAUAGGUGGGAUCUGGAUAGCCGUGAACAAUCACGAGGCGACUGGGGAUAUCUGCAGACGACUAGUGGUGUUCCCAAUGUUGGCGCCUCCACGAUUCUUGGACUUGGUCGAGGAGCUGCGACCAAGAGCACUGGUGAUUCUAAUGCACUACUUUGCGCUUCUGUCCUUGUUGCGUGACUUUUGGUACAUUGGCGAUGGGGGAGAGAGGGAGGUUUACGCUAUUAAGGCAACUCUAGUGGAUGAAUGGCUGGAUUUUGUGAGCUGGCCCUUGGAGAUUAUGAAGACAAAAUUGUCAUCACCUUAUAGGUAG